CACCAAAUACCUAGAUCUGGAUCUACAAAUACGUAUAUACGGGCACGAGAUACGCACCUCGGCUUUGGCUUUCGUUUCUUCGUCCUUCGUUCCGCUCCGUUGGGCAGCAAGCUGAUCGGCGAAACACGAAGAUCAAAUCGAGUAAGUCGCCUUCUUCCGCCCCCCUCCGUCGAUCGAAUUAGGGUUCGUGAAUUUCGUCUCUUUUUCUGCUACCUUGGUGUUUUGUCUCUGUUCUUGACAGGGUAAGAUCAAGAUGGCCGAGGUUCUUCCAGCGCUGCUGCCAACCCCAACGUCGGCCCCAAUCGCUACGUUGUUCAAGACAUCACGGACGGACGGGAAGCCUGGCCGUGCGCCGGCAAGCAGAAGCUGGAUAGAUGAGAAAUUCAUGAUUCUGGCCGCCGCAUCGGACAUGACAGACGGUGAGCGCGCCGGACGCUUGCUGUUGGAGAUGAGCGGCGGCAAGCGCGACGGAAGCGGGCCAUCGGACAUGGGCGGCGGCGACCGUGCCGGACGCGGGCCAUCAGAUGCGGGAGGCAUUGAGCGUGUCGGACGCGCGGCAUCGGACAUGGGCGGCGGUGACCACGCCGGUCGCGAAGAAUCUCGAAUAAGCUGGAGCGCACUCAAGAGGCCCGCCAGCCGCGCCCCUUCCACUCAUCGGCAUGACAAGAAGCCCAAGGCUCCGAUCCAAAAGGAAGCUGCUCCAGAGGCAGAGCAACCGUUCGCUGGCCCGGCGUUCAUGAGCGCCAUGCGCCCGGACCCCAGCGAGCUCCCAAUCCCGUACUACUUCUUGAAGAAGAAGACGGGCUAGUGGACUAGCAACAGGACAUGGGAUUCAUCACUAAGCCAAUAUCUCACAGUCGUCGUGUAAUCUCGUUUUUUAGUAUUAGUGUUAAACCAAUUUCAGCGCUUAUUAGAUGCGCUUAUUAUUGGAAUUUGUCAUGUCUCUCGCUUGUGUUAGUAAAACCCAGAGAGGAUCAUCUUCAUGCUAUUUUACUCUCCUUGCAAUUCUUGAUGCAGCUUGUAUCAGAUCCUCUACUGAAGAAACCCAGUUUUAAGAUCA